UUUCGCGGAAGAAGGAGAAGAAGGAGCGCGAUGGCGAAGAGCGUCCGCUGCCGCCUGGCAGAAACCCUGGAAGACCUGACCGCGGUCGAACUGGAAGCGUUCAAGGCGAACCUGAACGAGUUCCCAGUGAAGGAUGGCUUCAGGAACAUCCCUCGAGGAAAACUGGAGAAGGCGAACGCGAUCAAACUCAGCGACCUCCUGGUCCAUCACUACUGCAACGACUAUGCCGUGGAAGUGGCCGCCAAGGUGCUGUCGGAUAGUGACUGCAGGCCCCAAGCUCAGAAGCUUCUCCGGGACACCGGGAAAGAUGCCUGCAAUUCUGUUCAGGAAUCUGUGCCCCAGCUCAGCACCCACUCAAACCAACCAGCAGUUCUUGCCCCACGAAUGCACUUUAUUGAACGCCAUCGGGAUGCCCUGAUUCAGAGAACAACCACAGUGGAAGAAAUUCUGGACCAGCUACAUGGAAUUGCCCUGAGCGAAGAGCAAUAUCAAAAUAUCAUGAUAAAGCGAACACCCCAGGAAAAAAUGAGGGAGCUCUUUAGCCUGCUGCCUGGAUGGGAUGAGCAUUGCAAGGAUAUGCUCAAAGAUAUUCUGAAGGAUAAAAGGAGAGCUCUCUAUAAAGAACUUGAGGCCAUAGAUGCGAAAAACCAUCUCAGGGCAUAAAAUAUCCAGCUACACAAACAUCCUAGGAAUCCCACUGACAGGUACAUACAGGUAUAGACAACAUACAGGUAGUCUUAUGCCCACUUAAUGUCACACCUGAGGCCCAAAUUGAUGUUGCUAAGUGAGAAACCAGUUAAGUGAGUUUUGCCCUCCAUUUUACCACAUUUCUUAAGUGAAUCACU